GGAGAAAACGUGCGUUUCAUGCGAUUUUUUUUGACAUUCUGCACCACAAAAGUUGCCAUUGUGUGGCUUCGCUCGUGAAAUAAAUCGGCAUGAAAAAUCAUAGUACAACUCGAUUAUGAUUGUGAUAGCAAUUUAGUGCGUGAUUAGCAGUUGACAAGGUGAAAAAGUGCACGUUGGCGCGUGUUUCGGUGGACAAGAGUGUGGUGCUUGGAAAAAAAAUUGGAUGUAAGGAAGAAAAGACGUCGAAUAAAAAAAGUUCUUCCCCUCUCCUCUCUCCCGUUGCUCUCUCGCUCUUCGGUUUUUUUAGUGGUGCGCGCGUGUGUUGGAGAGAAGCUCUCGAGAGUGGUGUAGAGAAAAAUGUGAUUUUAUGCGUUGAAUUUUCCCAUUUUCACCAACUUUCCCACUCUACGUGUACCGAAUAUGUCCUGAGGAAUCCUUUAGCAUCGUCAAAAGGUGAUUUCAUCCCUUGUCGUCCCCUCAGAAGGAAAAUUUUUACUUGUGCUGUAUGGCUCCCGGAAAAGACAGAAAAACUCUGUGAGAAUAAUUUCUUUAAAGACAAAUAAAUCAGUGAUUCCGUGAAGGAAAGACGGUGGGACCAAGUGAAAAGGUGCGUGAUGGAGAAAAAGUGAGAAAAUUCGUGUAAAAUUUUGUGGGUAUUUUCCCGAGUUGAAAAUCACCAUAGACGGUCAACCGGAAGUCCACAGUGGGGGUGUUCCCUAAGUGAGGGAAGUACAUGGAAAGUGGGCAGAAAAGGUGAUUUUCACAAAAGGGAUCUAUGACCAGUCAGGAUGCCACAUAAAUGUCUUGCAAUGGACCACCCGGAAUUCAUAUCGAUCCAACCAAAUUGACCAAGAACGUGGGGAUUCUGACAGCCCUGCAAAUUUAUGUGCCAUAGAAAAUAUUAAUUGUGCGAGGAGGAGGCGCACUUAGGACGUCGGAGAAUUGAGGACCGUGGAAGAAUUUCCUUUGGUGAGGCGCGGAAGAAACAGUAUAGAGAAGUAAGGGGGGACUUUGCCGGAGGAUUGUGCUCGAAGACAGCAAAGGAAGCAAGAGAUUGGAAUAUUGUAGUCUUCUAAAAAAUUUUUUUUUGACCUUCGGCUCGUGGUGUGUGCGGUGCAAGUGGUGAGAAGGGCAAAAUUGUCUUGCAAAAGGUGAAAGGAGCUGGAAAAUCCUCCCUUGAAGGAAAAAGGAAGAAAAGAAGACGAGAAAAGUCGAAUCCUUCAAUUUUCAUUACACAAGCCACGGCGAAAAGGAAACGAGAAGGGCUGCAAAACGAAAAGAAAGAAGAAAAAAACUGUGAGCUAUAUAGGAAGAAGGCGGCAGGAGGAAAAUGGCAAAUACAAUUUCCAAUAUGAAAAUGAGAAACCCAAUUAAGGGGCUUGUCAGCAAGAGGAAGAAGAGAUACACCGAGGAUGGAUACAAUUUGGAUUUGUCAUAUAUCACCAAAAAUCUGAUUGCAAUGGCAUUUCCGGCGGAAAAACUCGUUGAGGCUGUCUAUAGGAAUCACAUUGAUGAUGUCCUGCGAUUGUUUGAAUCGAAACACAAAGGAUUCUACAAGAUCUACAAUUUGUGUUCCGAAAGAACGUACGACUAUAGUAAAUUUCAACAUAGAGUUGCAUCGUAUCCAUUCAAUGACCACAAUCCACCAACAAUUCAGUUGAUUCAAGCAUUCUGUGAUGAUGUCCAAAAGUUUCUAAGUGAAGAUCCCAAGAAUGUUGCGGCUGUUCACUGCAAAGCUGGCAAAGGACGAACUGGUACAAUGAUCUGCUGCUACUUGCUCCACGUGAGAAAAUUCACGCUGGCGGCGGAUGCACUUAGUUUCUAUGGACAGAAACGGACCCAUGACGAAAAGGGAGUCACGAUACCGUCACAGCGACGAUAUGUUGAAUAUUAUUCACGUCUACUCAAGUCGGGUCGACCGUAUAGUGAAGUUAAGCUGUUGAUUUGUGAGUUAAAAUUAUCACCACCGCCAUUACUUAAUAGCCAUCAGGGGAGCUUGAAUUUUAGUUUAUCGGAUGGGAGCGGUAGAAAGCUCCAUCGGGACAGUGUGUCGGACGUAAAACGAUCACAAGGGAAUGGUGAUGGACAAAUUGUGAUCAAGCUGGAUUGCUGCAUUCCCCUGUCUGGUGAUAUUCAGGUUGAAUUUUACAACAAAGGCGUGAUUAAGAAGGAGAAGCUGUUUCAUUUCUGGUUCAACACGUAUUUUGUCAAUGAGGAGGCAGAAGGAAAUAUUCCAGCGGAAGGAGAUUCCUCUAAAUUAGUCUAUCGAUUAACGAAAUUUGAAUUAGAUGACGCUCACAAAGAUAAACAAAACAAAAUAUUUCCACCUGAUUUUGAGGUACAAGUAAUUUUACAACGGAUACCUUCCGAUUCUUAUGAUGCCCGUGGCACAAGUCACCACAACAAUCAUUCAAGCAACAAUCUCCACCAUGUGAACCAUAGGAAUUCGCAAAAUAAUACAACACCAUCAGUGGCGACGCUCAAUUCCCAUCCAGGUGCACAUACGCCGUCCGAAAGUUCUGAUGCAUCGUGCACAGAUUCGUCCACGGAGGAGGAUGGCUGGGAAUCUGGUGAGUUAUCGACACCAACAACAGCAGCAACUGCAAAUGCAUCAAGUAGUUUGUUCAAUUACACCUCACCACAUUUCUUUUCUGAUUACGUAUCGAAUGUUGUGUUGGCCAAUGACUCCAGCCUUGUUUAUGCCCUACCCGUCUGCGGUGAUGAGGACUUGGGUGGGGGAGAUUGUGACAAUGGGGGUGAACGGAUGGAGGUAGGUGGUGCGCCCGAGGGUGGUGGGGAUGGUGGUGUGGACACAAAGAGGGCUUUUGUGCGACACAAGGAGGAUCGCCGGCGCAGACGACGUUCGCGUUCCAAGACACCUCAGCAGCAGUUCAAGGUGAAGUCGGCGAAUGUGAAGAUUGUGGCGGGGUCCCCGGGUAGUACGCAUCACCAGAGUCGGAGCCAGAAGAUGCGCUGGCUGUCGAAUAUGCGUAGUGAUCCGGAUUUUCGGGAUACAUUGGCGAAGAGUGUUGUGUUCAGGACACCCCAUUCCACGGAGAGUCUCGACUCGACGGAUUUCUAUUCAUCGCUCUGCGAUAAACAACUGAGUGUUGGGUCACCGUACAAGAGUGCCACGGAUCUCAGGACGGCGCAUCAGACGAAUGGACGGACUCUCUCGCCACGAAUCGAUGACGAAUGCCAACGUUUGGUGGCCAAACCCCUUGAAUCUCACUCAAUUGGCUUCAAUGUAAUACCCCCAUCGCCACCAUUGUCCCCCAAUGAGGAGACAAACCCCAUGCCAUCCACGUCAAAAUCUCUCCCCGAUCCAGCUCUCACCGCAGACGAGGGUACCGAUGAAAAGAUUUCAAAUCGCAAUCGUGGGGCACCCUUUACAUUUCGUGAGCUGCGUCAGGAAUUGCAGUACGUUAUUAAGCACAGUACACCCAGUAGGGCAGCUGGGGGUACGCGAAAAUCACCCGAAAAGGCGAUUGCUGUGAAGAAAAAGAAGAAAUGGGGAAAGAGUUAGGGAUCUUCUCUUUUGUUGGAUUUUUAUUAUUAUUAUUUUUUGCAAUUUUCUCUUUUGGGGACUACAUUAGCGAGAUUGACUUUUUAAAUGGCAAAAGGAAUUGGAUUUCUGGAUGUGCUCUAAAAAAACUUUCUGCUAUAUCUAAUUUCACUUUUUUCUUUCUCUAAAUUUCUAAUUAUCUAUUAAGGUUUAUUUUGUGCUUUUAUAAUAUUAAGAAAAAAUCAACUCAUCACACUCAUCCAUAUUAGAAUGUUAAUGUAGAUAAAAAAAAAUUUAUCUCUUAUUAAAAUUAGUUUUUUUCUUUUUUUUUUUUUGAAAAAAGCAUGGCUGAGGAUUUAUGGGGAGGUUCUUUCUUGGGAAGUCUCUAUGACAAUUUUACAUGUGUUCCGAUUAUUUCUUCAAAUUAAUGAGUUUUCCCACAUAAGAAACGAAUAAACGCUUAGCCGAAUCUUUAGCCAUGUUUUUUCUUUUGCAAAAUAUUUUUCUUUUGUUGAGAAAAUUUCUUACUAAAUAAGAAUUCGCAAAAUGUUUCUGUAUAUGUUUGAAAAUGUUCUUUUAGUGUUCUUUUUUUUCUUAUAUAUUCUAUAUUAUUAGUUAAAUGAAUUCUAUUGUUUAAAACUAAAAAAAAAAUGUUAUAUUGGAUGUUAUUCGAUAUAUUUUUGAUGGAUGUUUUAAGAGUUGAAUAUUUUACUAUAAAUUGAAAAUUAAUUUUUUCUUACCCAGACAAUAAACACCAGACGAUGGUGGAGUCAAACAAUCGUCAGAUGGGUGUUUUAUCUCCUCACACCGAGGGAGUUUUCCAGACAACCUAAGAGAUUUUCCACUAUUCCGAAAUCCUCUAUUUUUCUUUUUCUAUUUAUUUUCAACUUUUUUCUUUUAUUUGACUCCACAAAAAUUAUAAACCCAAAUUUUUCUAUUCUCCAAAAGAAUUUUACUUUUUGAAUUUUUAAUUUUCAUUCAAGUGGAAUAUCUGUUGAAAGAAAAAAAAAACAAACAAAAAAGGUAUUUUUAGUGUAGUGCAGUAGAUAAUGAUGGCAAUCCACAUACAAAAAAUAUUAAAGGAAUUUCAAAUUGGUGUGUUUUGGGAGAUUGUUGUUAAAAGUUUAGAGAAAAUUAAAAGAAAAUAACAAAACUUAAAUGUCUCUUUGAGGUGAACCACUAUAAAUAAUGUAGAAAAAAAUUAACUGUUUCUUGUGUAAAUGGCUGUGAAAAUAGAUGAAAAGAAUAAGAAACAAACUAUAAAGGUUUAGUAAAAAAAAAUGAUAGGGCCAUUGAAAUUUUCUCACCUGAAACUCUCAUGAAAAAUUCUCUUCCCUUCGUAACAUAUAUAAUAUGACUUUCCACAAGCAAAACUUUCGCGAUGGACGUAGGAAAUAGUUGAAAAAAAAAAAAACAGUUGAUUUUAGGAGUUUUUCUUUUUUUUUUAAAAGAUAAAUUUUUUUUUUUUGCUUAAUUCGUGCAUGUCGAUCGAUUUUUAGGUCAGAUAUCGGUUUUGGAAUUUUCGAAUAUAGUUCAUGUCUUUUGCACCUGAUGGACUUUUUUUUUGAAUUACUGUAACUUAAUUUUUAAUUGGAAAUUCACGCAAAAUAUGAAUUAAUUUAUACUGAAAUUGCUGUAAAAUUGAAGAAAAUUUUAGAGCAAACAUAAAUUUAUUUUUUUCAUCAAUAUAAAAAAAUCAAACAACUUUUUAUGCAUUUUAAAAAUAUUUUACUUUCAAAAAAAAAAUUAAUGCAAUGCACAAAAAUAAAUGAAAAAAUAUUGGAAAACUAUAGAGACAUUUUUUUUAUUUAUUGGAAAGAACUCAAAAUCAUUUUGGUGUUAAGUUUGGAAUAGUAAUAGCGCAAAAAAUAUGGAAAUAAACGUAUAAUUAAUGGUAUAAAAACACAAAAUGAAACAUAUUUCAGAAUAAAUUGUUCUUUCUGCGUAAAAUUGUAAAUAAAUUAUUAUGAAUUUAAUGAGAAACUGAUAGAGCUUUUAAUUUGGUAGAAAAAAUUGAAAUGAAUAUUUCAAAGCGGAUAAAAAGUGAAUGUUUCAUGCUUUACUGUGACACACACAAAUUUAGCAUUUAGAAAAUAAAUAUCUCGAUAAAAUUCUUCGCGUGUUAUCGUAUAGGUUUUAUUGUAUUGAAAGGAAAAAAAAUGAUGUGUUAAAUGGGAGGAAGUUCUUUCUAAAAUAAAAAUCAUUAAAUAUACAGAAACGCACAAAAUUCACAGGCAAGUAAACUUUCAAGAAAAAUUUCUGAUCUAAAUUAUCCUUCAAAAUCCAAUUUCUUUUGCCAAAAAAAAAAAAAAUGAAAAGAGAACGUUUUGUAUGGAAAUGAUUUUGUAUAGAAAUCAACAAAAAUUAUAGAUAGAAUAUUUCCAUAAAUUUUCAACAUUGUACAUUUUAGGAAACUUUCUUAGGGUUUUUUUUUUUGUUUUUUAUCAAUCAAUGAAAAAUUAUUGAUUUUUCUAAAAGUUUUUGUUAUCAAAAUAAUAUUGUAAUUACACACAGGAGGUUGAGUUGGAGGAAAAUAACAAACACAUUAUUUUUGUAAAUCACAAAGGAGUGGGAGGGACUUUGAAAAAAAGGAGCUUUCCCAGUAAUUGCAAAAGUUCUCUUUGUUGUGGAAGCUGUUAAAGCUGGCGAAGCUUGUUUAGCUUUUCAUUGUUAUAUCAUGAAGAUAUACUAACACACAUAUGCCCAUCGCAACUUCAUGAUUGAAUGAUUUUAUUGUCGUUAUCUUAUUCCAUUGAGGUUGCAUGAGGCGAAUUUCGAAAAGAAAUUUUAAAAUUUGAUUUUUAAUUUUCCUUUUUUUAUCUUUAAAUUAAAUCAAAGGAUUUUUGAGAAGGAGAAGUUUAUAAAAUUCUUUUAGUAAUUUUCUAUAAAAAAUGAGAAAAUUUUAGAAUAAAUUUUCGAAAUUACCCUCAAAAAGCCUUUAUCCUUUCAAUCAUAAUUCAUCUUUUUUAUUUCAGCCAAUACAUUUUUUUAAUCAUGUAAUAUUUAGUUUUUUCAUUCUAAUCUCACUUACAUCCAUAGUUUAUAAAAAAUAUAUCAUCUCACAAUAGAUAAAAAAAUUACAUUGUAUAUAAAUAUUAAUAUUUCUCUAACAUUAAUCAUUGACAUUCUUUUUCCUUUUUUUAUUGUCUUUCAUGCUGCUUCUCUCUGCUGCUGUUUGUGUGCGCCGAAAUAUUUAUUACAAAAAAAAAUACACAAUAUAUAAAAAUUUUGCGUGUGAAUGUUCGAAAAAUCAUACAAUGAAAAUAAUUCAUCAUGCAAAUAUCCUUUACAAAUCAUUCAAAUUACUAUAUUUUGCGAUUUCGCGUCACUUUUGUUCUUUUUUUCUUUUAUUUAUCUCAUUUUAAAUAAAAUAAAAUAAAAUGCUCUGGUCAUGCAGUAGGAUCCACACCACAGAGUCCAAUUGGACGCUACAGACUUCUUUCGGAGUCUGAUGUGAGUGGAGGUGGUGUCUAUUCGCAGGAUUCUCACAAUAAUCUAGUCCAGGCAUAAAUACAACAAAUAACAAGAAAAAGCCACAGACAAGAAAGAGUUUAAAAAAUAUUAGAACUCAAAAGACCGUCAAAUCACACACAACAACAAAAGAAUAUUUUUCCUCAAUUUGUAGAAAAUCAUAUUUGAGCUUAUGAAAAAGACGCGAACAAAAAAAAACUUUUUUAACAGCAACAAAUUUCUAAAAGAAUAUUUAUAUAGAAAAAAUAAAUAAAACCUAGAAGGCAAUUUCUCUAUCUUUCUUUCUAAUUUAGUCGUGAUAAUUUUAGAUUUUACUAUUCUAAUAUUUCUUUUUUUUUUUAAUAUAAUAUAUACAUACAUACAUGUAAUAUUUAAACUUUAUAUAGCAUUUUAUUUUUGUAAAACAAAACUAUUUUGCUUUAUUUUGAACGCCCUUUUUCACUGUGACCCUUUAUUGUGACAUUUUUGCAGGCGAAUCAACGUAUUUGUGACCCACAAUUAACAUCACAAACAGAAAUAAGUUAAUCUGAUGAAAAGAGAAAUUAUUUAAACAAAAAAACAAGUAAAUGAUAAACUUUCAAGAAAAAAGUCAAUUAGAUGUCUAAGAAUAAAAGAAAAAAAUAGGUUAGGCUGUGACCGAAAGGCCACAAAAUAUAAUGAAAAAAAAAAUGGAAACAGUGCAAGAAAACAACACAAACACGCUCGAUGAGACUUCAAAAUGUGCUGAAAAUUUUCAAAAGAAAAAUGUGAAACAGUGUAAGACACUGCUAGAGAUUUGCCCGGUACAAAUGAAAAAAAUCAGUAAUAGGGUCAACAAGCACCUGAACAUCAAAUCCACGACGAUCCACGUGAGCUUCUGUCCAUAAAUUCGCCUCACAGUGAAUGCAAAAUUCAUUUCGAAAAAAAUAUAUAUAAAUUAUUUAGAUAGUUCUUAGGAAAAAAAUUGAAUGUAUUCAGAAUAUCUGUUUUGUGCAGGUCACAAAAGGCAAAAAAAAUUCUUUUGUGCUAAACAUAUAUAAUAUGUUUUGAAUGAAAUUAAAUACCUGUAAUUAGGAGAAAAUGAAGGAAAAUAGAAUAAAAAAAAUUAUUUUAAAAAUUAUUUUUUAGGCAUAAUUCACUAAAACAAAAAAAAAUCAAUGUAUAAAAUUCAUUUUGGUCGUCGUAACAUUUUUUUUUAAAUCUUUGGCUCCCUGACAAAUUUUUUUAUAGGAUAAACAAAUAUAGAUUUAUAUUUUUGAUACAAAAUUCGUUGGAAGAAAUUUUUAUGGCAAAGUAAGAGAGAGAGAGAAAGAGCUUAAACACCCAUUUUUCCAUUCACAAAUGGUUUAUCAUUUCCUCUUCCCCACACAAAGAUUCAUUAUUAUAAUUUUUUUCUUCAUCACUAUUCUCAUGGAUUUAACCACACUCCUACAAAAAAAUCACAUUUUAACUGUUCUUUUUAUUUAAUUUCGAGGUUAAGGGUGUGUUUCUGUGGAUAAAAAUUAAAACUCCUAUUUACUAAUCUGGAAUACCUAACGUUCAUUCAUCAUCAAACUCAGAAGAUAAUUUGUACUAUAUUGGAUAAAAAAAAAUCUUUGGAUAAACUACAGCAUAAUUUUUUUUCAUGAUUAUCUUAGGUUUAAUUUUUAAUGGAUGUUUAGGCACAAUUUUCCGUCAUUUUUAUUUCUUUUUUCUUAACAGGAUAAUCUAUCAUAUGGUCUUAAUGAUAAAAUUUCAAAAUAACAAAAAAUGUAUUGAAUUUACAAUCAGGAUAAACUGGAUAAACUUUUGUUACAAUCUCGAAGGACUCAAUGCUAUUUAUGUGAAUGUAGUUAGAAAUAAAGUAGUUUUUUAAGAAUUUCUCAAUUUUUCUUUUGAUUAUCUUGUGGUAAGACUUUUAAAAAUUAUAAACUCAUGAAAAUAAUGACAAAAACAUCGGUGAAUAAACUCCUUAAAGUUCGAUAUAAGUGACUAUAGAAUUUCCCGUGAGAUUCUUUCAAAAGAACAGUUCUCUAAUAACUUAAGUAUUUUCAAAAACUUUUUAAUUUUUAGAAAAUAAAAGCAUUUAUGACGGAAAUAUUUUUUUCUUCAAAUAUUAAUCCUAAGUAGUUUGUCCAAUAAACUUCAUUUUUGCCCAUUUGUUUUAAAUUAAUUUUUGUAAAAAAAAAAAAUUAAGCUUGAAGGAUAAUGAAAUCUUUUUUAUUAUGAGAAAAGAUAAAAAAAAACACCUUUAAAAUUCUAACAAACUUUGUAGCUAGGUGUGGUUGGUGAAAUGAUUUUCCAUUUUAAUAAAAAGAAGAUUAAAAUUUUACUAGAUCGCAAUUUUCUCAUUUAUAACAAAUAAUCAGAAUUGAAUUUGAUAUUUCUGUUUUUUUUUUUUAGUUUUUUAAAAAUGUAAUUUGUAAAUCUGUUUUUCAAUUUCAUUUUACAAAUUAAAUGAAAAUUUCGGUGAAAAUGAUGAGAAAAUAUUUUUUUUAAAGCAAAAAAAAUGGAGAUAAAUGAAUGGGAGAGAAAAUGUUUUGUAAUAUUUGUGUUCGUUUUUCACCCACCAAAAUUUGUACUUUUUUGUUUUUAUAAUAAUGUAUUUUUUUUGUUUUUAUUAUAAAACUUAUCUCUGUGAAAAAUUAAAAGAAAAAUGAAAUUUUCAGUAAUUUUAUGUGGUUCCGUCGCUUUAGCUUUUUUGCAGCUUUUUAAAAGAUUCUGUGGGAGAAUGAAUUCAAGUGCAAGAGAAAGAAAGAAAGAGAAAAGAGGAUUAUGAGGCUAAAAAAAAGUAGAUGAAAAAAUAUUUUUGCAAUAACCCCAGUUAUAAAAAAAAAAGAAAAUAAAGUACUGUAUAGUGUGUAAGUGCGAUAGAUAGUGGAGUAAAAUCACAUUCAUUUCCUUCCAACUCUCCAUCGAAAAAAAAGAGUAAAAAUAAAUUGCUGAAAAUAAAAUUGAUGACUUGCUUAAAAAAAUUCUUAAAUAAUGAGGUGGAUGAAAUUUUGCUUUCAAAUAAAUAGUUAUCAAUAAAUGUUCAAUGUUUUAUCAGUCUGUAAUACAAGAUAGAAAAAAAAUAAACAAAUAGAAAUGGAAAAGGUUAAUGGAUUAAAAGAAAGGAAUCAUAGUGGAUAACAAAUUUAGUAAAAAAAGUGACUUCAAUCUCACAGCUUUUUCUCUGAAAUGAUUGCAGAGUAAAAAAAAAUGAAAACAGAGAAUUUGCAAAUGAAGUUAGUGUUACAAAAAAAAUUAACUUAUCCCAAUUUUUUAGGACGGGACACAAAAAAAUAUAUUGGAUUAAAUAUCAAAUUCGGCGGAGAAAUAAAUAGAAAUUACAUGAAAAUGGUGAAAAAAAUCAAUAGGACUUAUAGAUAGAAAUUUGUUCGUGUAGAUUUCAUGUAAAUAAAUUGAAGAUUUACGACGGAAAGUAAAAAAAAAACAUGCAAGAAAAAUGGGUACAGUUGUAGGAUUUUAUCCAGUUAAAUCACAAUGUAUUCAAAAUUGCCAAUUUCUUCUUGGGUGUUUCAGUAAAAGAAAAUUGGAACAACAGUAAAGAAUAAAAGAAAAUUAAUUUGCAAAAAAAUCGCCAAUGAAAAUUUUUAUUCAUUAACAGGUCUGUAUGAAGAAUAAUCAAUGUUUCAUAUUCAGAUAGGUAAUAGUUUUUUUUUCUUUUUAUUUCUAAAUUUGGUAAAAAAAACAAUAUAAUACUUUUUUUAAAUAAAUAAAAUUUGAGAUAUUUUUCAUUGGAACUACAGAUUUGGCUUUGCAAAAAGAAUACAUCAAAAACUAAAUGAAAAAAUUGUUUUUGCAAUUUUUAAUUUUACUUUCUUAUUAAAAAAAAUAACGGGAACAUGAAUCUUUUAAUUUCAAAUAUAUAUACAAUUCAUGAGAGCAAAUUGGUCAAAGAAAAAAAGUAACAUAAUAAAUAAAAUCAAUCAAUAGAACUAAAUUAGCUGGCACGUAACACAUUUUUUCCAAAUAAAUGGAAACAAGAAGAGAUCAAUCCGAAAAAAUAAGCAUCAAUAAAGGAAAAUAAAUAGUAGGAAGAAGAGAAUGAAAAAAUGUGUGAUUGUUAAAUUGACGAAUAACAUAAAGAAAAAGAAAUAUUACGAAUGUAAUUUUAAGUAUAAAUAAAAAAAACAAGAAAUACUUUUCAUAAAAAUAAUAAAGAAAAAAAAGUAAAUAAAAAAUAAAAGAUUUGUAAUAAGAAACAAAAUAACUAAAAAAAAAAAGAAGAAAAUGAUAGUUUUACAGAAACACAAUUAAAGUGGAGAAAAAAAAUAUUGAGAGACAGAAGAAAAUUAAUUUUAAUUAUACCUUGAGAGUACAAAUCAACUGAAAAUGAGUUAUUUGAUCUCGCACUUUUUUUACAAUAUAUUUACUAAUUCAAUGUAGUGAGAGGGGAAGUCAAAUGAUGAAAUUAGUGUGGAGAUGAUAAAAAUUAUAUAGAAAAAAAAAUGAUAAUAAAAAUACAACAAUAGAUAUCAUUUUGUGAGAGAUUUUCACAAUUUCUUUUUUUUUGGCUAAAUAAUGUGAGAUAAAAUCGUUUAUAUAGAAAGGAAAACAUAUUUUUUUUCUAAAAAAAAUUAUUUAUUUCAGAUAGGAAUUGUUUUUUUUUUUAAAUUGAAAUCAGUGUAAUAGGAAUUUCUCUAAAAGGAGAAAACAUUAUAUUCUCAUAUAAAAAAAUCAAAAUUAAUUGGUAUGGUAAUUAAAUACACACGCAGUUUAGUACACAAUAAAUACUAAAAUUGAGAUGGAAAAGUAAAAAAAAAAAGAAAAUGAGGUUAUUACAUUGAAAAAGUAAAAUCAUUUUUUUUUAAGUCUACGAUGAAGAAUAAAUUGUUACUUGUAUUUAUAAUUAUUAAUGAGCUGGAAGCAGACGAAAUAUUAAUGGUAAGAAAUAAUUAUGUAUAUGUAUGUAAUAUAUACAUAUAUGUAAAUGGAUAAUUAUAUAUUUAUAAGAUAUUAUGUUAAAAUUAAUAAUUUAAUAAAUUCUUAAAAAUUCUGAA